AUGGCAGAGGCUGCAGCUAUAACCGUUUUGGAUAAGAUCAGCCAGGGGCAUCUAGAGUGUCCCAUCUGUUGCUGUCGAUUCAAGGAUCCCAAGAUACUGGACUGUCUGCAUAGCUUCUGCCUGAAGUGUCUGGAAGAGAUGCUGAGCAAACAGAAGACAGAGGCAGAGAAGAUAACAUGCCCAGUCUGCAGGAGAGAGACUAAAGUUCCUGACGGAGGAUUGCAGAGUCUCACUUCGUCUUCCUUUCUUAGUUCCCUCCUUGAUGAUGUCAAACAACAGGAGGAGGUAAUAGGAGAAGCAUCAAUACCUACCACCACAUGCGACUGUAAAGAAGACAGAGAGGCCACUUGGAGGUGUCUUGAUUGUAGUGAUAACCUUUGCAAGAAAUGCUGGAAGGCCCAUGGGAGGCGCAAGUCCACCAAGAACCAUCAAAUCAUUUCAUUUGAGGAUUGGCACAAAUCAAAUAUCCCUGGCCCUGAAGCAGAUCAUGUCAAACCUAUCACCCGAAUGUGUACCAACCACACUGACCAGGCGUUGUGUUUCUACUGUGACACCUGCCAUACCGUCAUCUGCCCUAUGUGCGCCGCAAUGGAUCAUCGAUCUGCGGAGCACAGUUACAAAAAGAUUGAUGACUCUGUUAGGUCCUUCCGAAGAGAUGUCGAUGACGCUUUGCUGCAGUUUGAAAAGUGCAAGCAGCGCAUCAAAUCCACAAACAACUCAAUCGAACUUGCACGAGAUAUAUUGAAAGACAAACUGGCUCAGGCUCGUAUUGAUAUUUCUGCAAAUGCGGAGAUAGUGGUAGCUAAAAUCAGAAACAAAGCAAAGCUUCUCACCGAAAAGGUCGACGAAAUUGGUCAGGAGAGAGACAGAGGGUUUGAAAAGGCGCUCACAAACAACUGUGACCAUCUAAAACGCGCAGAUCAGAUCGCAACGGCCGUAAAUGAUUUGAAGAGAAAGGCCGAUGGUUUCGAGCUUUUGGAGCUCAAGCCGAAGGUGAUGCGCAACUUGGAAUUCCAGAAGGAGCUCAAUUGUGAACCGGCAAAGUUGGAUAUGGCGUUCAUCGGGGUCAAAUGUCAAGAUGUCGUCAGUGACACGGAUCUGGGGGAAAUAUUGCUCAAAGAGAAAUGGCCAUUGAAGGAAGAGUUCGGCAAGAAAGGAAACAGGUAUGGUGAAUUCCUAUUCGCCAGAGGUGUUGCGUGUUUCAGCAACGGGGACAUUGCUGUGACGGACACAGAGCUGAAGCGUCUAUCGAUAUUUACCUCAAAUGGGCGGUUCAAACUUUCAGCUACUCGAAGGAGUCAUCAACUAGACGCUCCUCUGGGUGUUGCUGUGAACACAGAUGAUCUGCUUUUUGUCACUGACAAAAAGAAAGUGAAGGUUUUUGACAACAAUCUUUGUUUGGUUCGCGAGUUCACACCCUCCCAGGAUGGCGCAAGUGAGCUAUCAGCUAUAGCGGUAGACAAAGCUUCGGACCGACUGGCUGUGGCUGACUCGGGCAGGAAAGUUAUCUCUGUGCAUUUGCUUGAUGGCUCCUUGGUAACAACCAUCCCAAAUGAAAAUGUGAAUCGUGGUUUAGCGAUGAAUAACAAGGACCGCCUAUACAUUCCUAAUUACGAUAAGAAAACCCUGUCCUGCGUAGACCUUAAGGGUAAUGAAGUGUUUAAUAUCAAGACAUUCAUCGACGGAAGCCCUGCGUCUCCCGUCGGGGUCCUUUUCGACGAUCACGGCUACAUUAAUGUAACCCUGCAUCACGGUAGUAGGGGAAGCGGUAAAGUACAGCAGUACAACCCAAAUGGGUUUUCCGUAAGAACAGUAGCCGAACAGUUGUACAAUCCGUUACAAAUGGCCUAUACCCCCACUGGCGACCUGAUUGUCGCAGACAGACAUUCCAUCAAGAUCUUUCAGCGGAUGUGGUUUACCUACCUACAAGGUCAUGGCCCUGCUGGUAACUACCAGCUUACUUGAAC